AUGAUAUUUCCAGUGUUUCUUGUCUCCUUUCUCCUGAUCGCUCAGAAUAAUGCUCUUACUGGUAGAGGAAGAGAUAAAGACAGCCCAUUUCGAAUGAACAAGCUCAAUAUUGUUUUGCAGAAAGCUCAAAAGAAGAUGUCCGUACAAAAGUUGGCUGACUUACGCCGUUUACUAGAGCUACAAGACAGGGCUGAAAUAAAAUGGAAGGAUGUAAAAGCCUACGGAGGAGACGAAGACGGGGAAAUGGAGGCCACGCUGAGAAGAAAGUUUUACCGAAUACUGGAGCAGUUUGGCUUGGAGAAACAUUUUGAUGGGGUGGAUGAGGGAAACGAAAUUCGUGACAACAAAGCCAGCCGUGGCGUUUUCGGUGAUAAACGGUUGAGUGAACUUUGGGAAUCUACCAAGAAACACGGUGGGUAAUGAUAUCGUUUAUUUCGAGAGCAAAAAAUCACAUAAAGGAACUUUCAGUCACUACAUUAUUCACACUUCUAAUGCAACACAGUUGUGGUACAUUGAGACCGUAGAGUGAGCAGAAGUGUGUUUGCUAAUCAAAAACUAAUUAAUCUCUAAGAUGAUGUUUUUAAAAAUAUUCAAAGUUAAUUAAAAUGCGCUUUUAAUGCUAGGUUAACAAGACGGCUGGGUAAUGGCGAAGUUUUUUGCUUGUUUAUCUAUAAAAUGAGACACAAGCAUUUAUGUUGAAACAUCGGCAGGAGUUGCGGUUUCAAAUUAACUUUAAUUUUACAUUCAAUUUCUUUUGUUGACUACAAAAAUAAUUUGUUAUGAAGGGACUUCGAAUCACGAGGUGCAGCCAAUUAAAAGUGGGUGUAAAAUGGAAUAGAAGGAGUCCUGGCGGGCACAGAAGACAUAAUUGUAAAAUAUCCUUCCUCUGGACUGGGAUGUUAUUCCAUUGCAGCAUUUGGAUAACUGAAGUAUGCAUUAUUGACCAACUGGGGUCAAGAUGGCUGGAUAUUAAUCAAGUUUUUUUGUGUUUUUUUUUAUGGACCAUGACAAAGUUGCAGUCCAUAAAAACCAGAAGAAAAAAAAGAACAAGGCAUCUCAUCCAGUCAUCCAGCCAUCUCAACCAAACAAGCUUGGUCAAUAAAGGAUGUAUUAUUGAGAGGGCUGUUUAUGUUUUCUCUGUUAUGACUAUCUUCUGCAGCUUUUUGAUUCUCCAUUGCCAACAACAUCAAAAAAUUAUAGACAUUAUAUUUAGUCUGCUCCAGGCAGUUUUCUUCUUGUGCAGGAUCAAAGCAGGCAAUCCCAAUCUGGCAAGAAUUCGAUUCUCCAUUGCCAACAACAUCCAAAAAUUAUGAACAUUGUGUUAAGUCUGCUCCAGGCAGUUUUCUUCUUGUGCAGGAUCAAAGCAGGCAGUCCUAAUCUGGCAAGAUGGGCCCAUCUUGCCCGCUCGGGUAGCCAACUAGAACACAGGAUGCACUUCAUAUUGCCCACAGGCACUGUCAGCAGUAUAAUAACACAUACUAAUGUUGUUAGUCCAGAAAAAUAGUAUCAAUAUAUAUACAAAUGCACAUCCAUACCUGUGGACAUCUGGGGCAUGCUUAUUUACGAAUAUACAUCAGUAAUAAGACUGAGUGGAGUCAAGUUUGGUCUGUAAUUAUUUGAGAGAUGAAAAAAAUUGCAUACACUGUCCAAAUUACAAGCCUAAACUAACAUUAUAACAUAGCUAGUAAAUUUUUCUAAUCAAAUUCAAUUAUGCAAGCGUACUUCAUAUUCCUAUUGUGCAUGCUCAUGACAUUAGCAAACAAAUCCCUUGCGAAAAAAAAUUUUCCAUUGGGUUGAAAAUGUUAUAAAACAAUUGGUUCAUACAUCAGCUGUGCGUUCAUCAAGAUAUGAAGCACUUGGGAAGUUUGGAGACCACAAAAGAGGCUAGAGUUGCUCUCAGCUACACCUCAAGCAACUCUUACGCAUCUUUCGUGCUCUCCAAACUUCCCGCGUGCUUCAUAUCUCAAUGAACGCACACUGACGCAUGAACCAAUUGUUAACUGUCCUAUUAGUGCUCAAGUCAGUCUAGUGAUAGCCACUCACAUUUGAGAAUUUGUUUUAGUUUUUAGCAGGCAAGAUAUGCAUUUAACCCCAUACUAUUCUAUAACAAAGCAUUGGUUCUAAAGGCAAUCUAUGAUUUUUUGCUAUUGUUUUCCAUUAUCUUAGAAGUUAAUGCAUGAUGAAGUAUGACAAUGUGUGAAAUCUUUCCAUAAGCAUCUUCAGUAGUCAGUUUGCCUGGUUUGAGAGAGUUAUAAAAGACAUUUAAAAUUGUGAAUAUUGACAGUAGCAUGGUGUGAGAGUCCCAUCAUAAAGGAGGGUGUCUUGCCUUUUUAUAGUAAAUCCUUUGCAAACUAGUCUAUUUUUGAAGUCUUUUGCCUGAACUUGACACAAUUACCCUUAAAAAUCAUGCACCACAGUCUUAAAUGGCAUGAUUACCCAUGACCUUGAGUGACCUUGAUAUGAUUAGUGUAUAAUCUGUGGCUAGAUUAUAUCCCAGGCAAUGAUUUAAAAAAUUCACUAUACACUUUUGGCCAAUCAGAAAAGAGAUAGUUAGUUGAAUGUAUAGUUAUAGAUGGGAUUACACAGGUCAUUGAUUCACCCACUCCUGGAAGUGCUCUUCUAGGAAAAUACACUCUACAUCUCUGUGCAGCUUGGUUUCUAGCCUUACAAGUUCUUAUAGUCAUUGAAUCCAGUGUGUUAUUAAAUUCUUUCUCCCAAGGUGUUUUUUUAUUAAUGCUAUUUUUACAUUUAUCACUUUAGGCAAAUUUAACUCUGAGGAACUUGGUGAUCUUCAAACUGAAUUUAGCCAUCACAGAGACAAGCUAAAAGAAUAUAACCGCCUUCUCAAAAUCUUGGUAGACCAGGAUGAAAUCUCAGAAAAUUCAGUUUUCUCGAAAGCAAAUUUCAAGGAAGAAGAACUUAAGAAAUUACGAGAUAAACUUCAAGAUACCCAUGCCUCCCUGAGCGAUAGCUUUGCAAAACUGAAGGAGAAGGCAACAGGAGAGAAUGAACAUGGAGAAUUCCGCGACCCUCGUGUGAGUGAGUUGUGGGAGAGAGCACAGAAAGCAAAAUUUACUGAAGAGGAACUGGAUUCCAUUAAGGUAAGUUGUUGAGUUAGGGUAAAGGCCAAGUGGCCCAUGAAGCAGUGGAGCUUGUCUUAGUUUCCAUGCCAUGAAGUCAUUAGGGGUAUUGCUAUGCCCCUGGAGUGCCAUAGACUAUGGCAGGUUUUCCCUCUUUAAGUUUGCUGGUACCCAUUUAAACAACCUGAAGAGAAGCACUGUUGGAACAUUAAAAUGUCUUGCCUAGGAACAUACGGUAAUGCAAUGACCUGGCAACGUCUUUGAAAGGUUCCUAAGCUUGUGCUUAGUUUAAUCCUUUGACCUACAAGAGUGACUAGCUUCUAUUUUCUCCUUACAAUGUCACUGCUGAAUGACACAUUAAGGUGAUGAGAAUAAACAAAGUGAUCACCAACUAAAGAAGUUUUUGAUUGUUAAACAGUGUUCCUUGUUCAACACCUCAGGAAAUGUAUAGAGAACAGUAUGGAGAAUAUGCAUUGUGAUGAGCAUUAUGAGUUAAUGUGUGUGUCGGUAGUUCUCUUCUGGAAGAAAGUUAAGUAAGAACAGGGGUCUUAGUUACUUUUUUCACAAGUGGCUGCCGAUAGGGGAGACUAGUUGGCUGUGGGAAAAUUUUGAUAAAAGUUGUCUUUAACCCUUUAAACCCUAAGAGCAAUUUUCUCUUAUCAGUAUCACCCCUAAAACAAACACUGAGGUCAUGAGAAUAAAGGAAAUGAUCACCAACUAAAGACACUCUUGACUGUUAAACAAACUCUCUUUGUCAGUACCAUAUGAAAUGUAUUGAGAACAUUAUAGAAAAUGAUGUUUGGGUGUAAUGGGUUAAGUAAGAGACUGAGGCAGGUGAGAAGCUUUGUAGGACUUUAACUGGCAGUGGACUGGUAACCAGCAUCAUUGAACCUGUGGUUGCAUAAAUUGCAUUUUUAGUCAACAGAAAAAUUAUCUGAGAGAUGGAUCUCAAACAAUAAAAUUAAGGGCUGAAAAAUGUUGUUUUCAUUUAUUGCAGCAAGAGUUGUACCAUUUUGAUCACAAGAUAAUGAAACACAAACAUUUCAGAAAAGAAGCUGAUGAGUCUCGUCGUCUUGUUGAUGAUGGUCAGCACCAUUUCAAAGAGAAGCACGAAAAACUGGCAAAGAAGGCAGAAGAACAUGGAAAAUGGGUAAGAGUUUUGAUCUUAACAGUUGAAAUAUAAAUUUAUGCAUUACCUUUCAUUUAACAAUCAUUCAGAAAAACCAUUACAGUGGUCCUAUUAAAACGUCUUUUAAUUAAAGUUGCCAUUUGGUAAGCCAGCUUAUCUCCCUGUGUCGCAGUCUGGCCUUGUUAUUGUUUAUACAGGUCCCUCAGCCUCAAGCUGAAUUUAAAUAUUGUAAAUGCAUACAAUACAUGCAUACAUCAAAAUCAAACAUGAUUGCCAGGGGAAAAAAUUUUGUGUACUUAAGCAUUAUAGCCAACAUUCAUUUUUGGAGAUAUGUGUGUUAUCUCAAGGCUUCGUGCUCAGGCAACAAAGGCACAAGAGGUAAAGUUUUUUAGAAGAAAACAGCGCGAGUGAUACUUUUAGUGUUUAAAUGAUAUUAUCUCACUUUCAACCACAGAUCAUAAAAUUUAAAUCAUAAAAACCAUGCAACUUGCUUCUUGACCUGCACACAGGUCACCAAAAUGGUGACUUUUGCUGCAGAUGUAGUGGACAAAAGUUUUUCCCAGCUGCUAUGCUGACCAAAACGGUUGCAGCUUGGAGCUCUUCAUGAAAUUUUUUUUGUGUUGAGACUAAUCACCCUGGAAAGAGAUAACUGUAAAAAAACCACAAAACCUCAAAUGAUACAGCUCUUAAAGUACAGUUUCCUCAUGUGUUAUUGUGACUUCCACAGGUAAAGAAAAUGCACUCCACAUUGAUGGACAAAUUGGCUGCAAAGAGCGAGUUGUAGUUACCUGUAGUUAGUCCCAAUCUAGUCUGCUUGCUGUUAUGUUAUCACUAAAAGUUAACUCUUUACCUUCCAUGGGUGACCAAGACAGAAUUUCUCCUUACAAUAUCAAUACAAUAUCAACCAGAUAGGUGAUGAGAGUAAAGAAAAAUAUCAAUUUGGGGAUAACAAGGUGGACCAAUACUAAAUUCUCUGAACCAACUUUAUAAUAAUUGUAUGGUUGACAUUUAGGAGAAUUACAAAUUUGAUCUGGGAGCUAAAGGGUUAGGGCAGGGCAGAAUGCUGAAACCUAAAUUAUUUUAGCUAAUAAUUAAAAUAGAUGCAGGGGGUUAGUUUCGAAAGGAACUGUGGUGCUGGGUUGGUGGGGGAUAUAACAAAGAAUUUUGUUUUAUCAACUGAUUUGGCAAUGUAAAUUGGCCACCAAAGAGAGUUUCUUAAGCUGACAUCUUAAAAUAUCAGCUUAAGAGACUCUCUACAGAGGCCAAUUUACAUGUAUCAUUUAUCAACUCAGUAUGUUGAUUAUGUAAAUUAAGUAGUUACCUUUCUGCAAAAUUUGUAUUUUUGUAAGAAAAAACUUUACAACAAGUAAACUGUUGUUAUAGCAAAAUAAAUUGUACCCCAGAAAAGCUCUUUAGGCAAUACCUCUCUUCAAAAGGUUAUUCUGCAUGCUUUUUUGUUAAAUUUAGAUUACCUCAGUGUGUAAUCUGUUAUCAAACAUCAUAACAAAAACUAUGCUCCCAUGUUUUUUUAAAUUGCAUGUAGAAGGAAGUGUUUCCCCAUUCUAAAAUCAUAAUGAACAAGUUGUGUAGAAUAGAGAUUUGGUUUUGAAAGCUCAUUGAGUUGGAGGAUAUAAAAGUGUUGAGGAAACUUUUUUUGUACUCAUUUUAUGGCUAUGUCUAUGGUUUUGAUUGAAAUUAUAGUGUUUUUUUUAUGUUACCAUCUCAAAAGGACUGUGCUAACUGAACACUUAAAUGCACUAGAACAAACUCUGUUGUAACUAUUUUUCUUUUAUUUUCAAUCAUCACACUUCUUGAAAUAUCUUCCACCGCAUGUACAUGCCAUUUAUUUCACAACCAUUGGUAUGCAUUCAACUAUACCUCGAUGGUUGUCAGUGAAACCAGUCAUGUGACUGUUAAAAGCUAUGUAUGAAAGUUUAAUGAUAGUAGGCUUUUGCAGAAUAUGAUAACAUGCUUGAUAACAAAUCUGCCAUACAGGAUGACAUAUUGCUUGCUGGAACUAGUUAAUUCAGCAGUUAGUCAUUAAGGUGAUUCCUCAGUAUUGCAUUGAGCAUUCAGUACUGCACAUAAAAAUCAUGAAAUCAGGCCAAUAAGUGCAUUUUAUUCCAAGGAAAUAGUACCCUUUUUCAAUCAGUGGACCAGGUAAAGAGGUACAUGUAGAGUGGUCUAAUUAGCCCUUGAACAAGCAGGGAGACCUAUACUUUUUAUUGCAUAAUUUUGGAGUACAAAUUAUCUACUUUAACUUGGAGAAAUUAAAUAAAAAAUGAAUCA